AUGAAUGACAAAUCCGUUGCAUGGGACCCAGAAUUGAGUGUGAAAUUCUUCAAAUUGCGAUUUAAAUAUGAAUGGUUAUUUAAAAAGAAGAAACAACCUUGGAGCGAGUUUCGAAAAAUUCUACUAGAUCAUAGUUUUCCAGAGGAAAUUACAAUACCAUAUAUUAGGAAAAAGUGGAAUUAUACAUAUGAUAUGUACAGAAUAGCAAAGAGAGAUCAAAAUACACAUUGGAAAUAUUUUAAGAUAUUUGAAAAGCAUUAUGGCAAGAAAAAGGUGUUGGAUGCUAAAUACCAAUCAUGGAAUGACGAGUGGCGAUUGAAAUUGAUAAUUUGUAUGACAGAAACGAAAAAAAUGAAAUUCGAUAACUACAGUAUGUGGAGGACUAUAGAGCAUUCCAUGCGGUCUCAGGAUAUGCCAAAUCAUUGCUGCGUACAGGACAUGAAAGGGCUCUGGUACCAUCUUAAGAUGACAUUCAAUCGAAAACAUAGGCUUAAGCUAAAGAAACAUAAUGAAGACAGUGAUUGGCCGCUAUAUGAACCCAUGUUGGAGUAUUUUAAGCUUUUGGAACCGGAAUACCUCGUACGCCUUGAAACAUUACCAGCCCGAGAUAUGUUUAAUACACUGAAAUGCAGAAAAAGCAGCGGAUGCGGCAAUGCUGUCGGGAAAGACGAAUCUACCUUUCAAUGGUCAAAAGAUAUUACUGAAUCUCUUAUACAAAUACGUUUGCAGAAUGAUUGGAUUUUUAGAGAAUAUAAAUGGGCGUGGAGCAAGAUGCGGACGAUACUGGUGGAAGAGAAUGAUUUUCCGAAUUCCCUAACCAGCAGGGACCUAUGUAGAAAAUGGUCUUCGUUGUUUUCGGAAUACCAAAAAGCGAAAGCUACAGAGAACAAAACGUGGUUAUAUUAUUCAUUGUUUGAACUUUAUCUCGGUGAAGGAAAUCUUAGUUUAAAUCCUCUUUGUGGAUGGCAGGAAGAAUGGGUAAAAAGCUUUAUUAGAAUAAGAUCAGAACUGGACCACUUGUUUACAACAGAGAAGCGUAGCAAUAAUGAUGGAUGGCGGAAGGUGGAACAAAAGCUGAGAGCAACCGGGCUACCUCUAGACCAUAGUGUUUUGGACUUGCCAGAUAUGUGGGAUCACUUGUUUAAAACAUUUAAGUGGAAGAGGAAAUUUCUUAACCAAGGAAUAUUAAACGAACAGUGGCCUUACUUAGAUCUUAUGGCGCAAUACUCUGAGACACAUUACAGACUAAAUCAAGCGCAUAAGAACGAGGAUUCGCGUGAUUAUGAAGACUGCGAAGAUGAUAUGAAACUAAUAGAUAUCAAGAAGUUGGUCAAGCCCAAGUUUGAAGUCCUCGAAGCGAACAAUUGCAGGUCGUGCGCCAAUGAUGAGGCGUGCAUAAGUUUAUUUGAUCACCGGGAUGGGGAUGGUGUAGAUUUAGCUUCAAAAUUAAGGCUUAUUGGCGGUGUUGAGAUAGAGCAAUCUGAUUCAUUACCGUACAACAUAUGCCUACAUUGCCUUCAAGAACUCGAAACGGCGUACAAAUUUCGCCGAAAAUGCCAAGAGGUUGACAAAGAAUUUCGCGAUAAGAAGAACGCAAACACAGUUAAAAUAGAAAUAAAUAUACCUCAAGACGAUAUAUUUAAUAGCCUGGAUGCGGAUAUGGAUUUUGAAAUGACCACUGAAGAGCCCCAACCGAAAAAAAAGCGAAACGACUAUUAG